CACACCUUACAAAUUAUACAAGAUGGCGACCAGACCGAAAAACAAUAACAGUGUCUAUAUAUAAAGUGAAAUUUAUAUUGUUUAUCUAUUUAAUAUAGGUAAAAUGUUCAACAGAGGGAAAGGGUGGCUGCCAAGCUUAUUAGCAAAGCCGAAAAAUCCGCAUUCCUUAGAACAUUUAAAAUAUUUAUACAACGUGUUAUGUAAGAACCAGACUGUAACGGAGCAGAAUCGUGUCCUGUUAGUGGAGACAUUGCGAUCUAUAUCGGAGAUUCUGAUUUGGGGAGACCAAAAUGACAGCAGUGUGUUUGACUUUUUCCUGGAGAAGAACAUGUUGACAUUCUUCUUGCGGUACAUGAGACAGAAGUAUGGACGUUUUAUCUGUGUACAGUUACUACAGACAUUGAAUAUACUAUUUGAGAACAUCAGUAAUGAGACAUCUCUGUAUUAUCUUUUGUCCAAUAACCACAUCAACUCUAUCAUUGUACACAAGUUUGACUUCUCUGAUGAAGAGGUGAUGGCGUAUUACAUAUCCUUCUUGAAGACUUUGUCUCUGAAGCUGAAUAAACACACCAUACAUUUCUUUUACAACGAACACACCAAUGAUUUUGCCUUGUACACAGAGGCAAUAAAAUUCUUCAACCACUCGGAGGGUAUGGUCAGAAUUGCUGUAAGAACUAUCACACUUAAUGUUUAUAAAGUACAAGAUGGAGCUAUGUUAGGGUAUAUUAGAGACAGGACAGCUGCUCCGUAUUUCUCUAACCUUGUAUGGUUUAUUGGUAACCAUAUACUUGAUCUAGAUAUCUGUGUUAGAAAUGAUACUGAUCACAGAAGUAGAGGAAGAUUGGGGACGUUGGUAGCGGAACAUUUAGAUCAUCUACAUUAUAUCAAUGAUAUAUUGUUAAUCAACAUCGAUACACUGAACGAUGUAAUGUCAGACCAGCUUCUCAAUCGGUUACUUAUACCACUGUAUGUCUACUCUCUAACCAAGAGAAAACGUCAUGAUCUUAGAAAGAGUAACAGGAAGUAUGUUAGUUCAGUAGUCUCCCUUUUCUUGCUAUCACAGGUGUUUUUGAUAAUACAACAUGGUCGCCUGGUGCGACAGUUGGCGGAGAUUAUAUUUCAAGGUGAAGUCGAACCGAUACGACAAGAUGAACAGACUUCUGAUUCUCCUAGAAUGCUUAUACGUGAAUUUGCUGCCCCUGAUGAGACUUUAGAAGAAACUCUUGGAACUAGUCGAGGAUUGCGGCCUCGUAAUGAAUCCAUUCGAGUUAGAGAAGGUAACUCCACAUUCUACAGGAGAAGUGAUGUCCAAGGUGAAAAUGUCACCGAAACUGGUGCUUCAGGGGACCAGGAUGAAGUCUUUGACGAUUCUGUGCCAUCACAAAAUUCCACAGACGAGGAAAAAAUAUUGUCAACACGUAGCCAAUCAUUGAGAAUGGGAGGCGGGACCUCACCUACACUUGGAUCAUUUUCAUUGGAUAAUAGGCCGUAUCUAGAAGCUAUCUUUCAUGCUCUAGAAUGUACAGAGAAUGACUAUGAAGCCUUGUUUGCUCUUUGCCUGCUCUAUGCCAUGGGACAUAAUGAAGGUAUCCAUACAGGGUUGAUGGAUUCAGUAUUUAUGCCAACUGACAGAUCCGAGGUUAAAGAUAACUACAAUGUUUUACUUGUAGAAAGGUUGAUACGUAUAAUGACCUUGGCGUCGCAGCCUAACAGUAAGGUCAGAUUGUCAACACUGGAGCUGAGUAUACGACUGUUAAAGCUAUUGGUAUAUACCCCCGGUAAAUCCUACCUACAAGACAGACAUCUAGCAUGUAUUGAAAAUGCCCGGGAAUGUAGUAAUCAGCUGUUGAGAAAUUUUUACAAGAGUGAAGAAAUAUUUUUGGAUAUGUUUGAAGAUGAAUACAACGAAAUGAAGUCUCGACCACUGAAUGUAGAAUAUCUCACAAUGGAUGCCUCCAUUUUAUUGCCACCUACUGGCACACCACUAACUGGUAUUGAUUUUAACAAGAGACUACCUUGUGGAGAAGUUGAGAGAGCCAGGAGGGCAAUCCGUGUUUUCUUUCUGGUACGGGAUUUAUCCCUGUCACUGUUACAGGAAGAGGAAAGGCAAUUACCACUCACAAAAGACAAAGACUGUGUAAAGAUUGACAACAUCCUUGACCUUAAUAACAGUGACCUGAUUGCUUGUACAGUUGUCACCAAAGACAAGAAACAAAAACGUUUUCUUGUCAUCGAUGCCUUACAGAUGAUUCUGGUUGAACCGGAUAUCAGACGACUAGGCUGGGGCAUUGUAACAUUUGUCGGAUUCCUGCAGAACAUAGAAGUGACUGGAGAUAAAGAAGACAGUCGUUCACUACACAUCACUGUACAUAAACCGGCAUCAUCACAUCAUGCAAGACCUGUUCCACUGCUUGCCGCAAGAUUCAUAUUUGACGAUCAUAUACGUUGUAUGGCUGCGAAACAAAGGUUAACGAAAGGUCGUAUGAAAGCGAGGCAACAAAAGAUGCAGAUGAUAGAGAAAUUGUUAGACAUUCCAGCUGAGACAGCUAGCCAUGGAACAUUCAGUAGAUCAGGUCCAAUCCCAGGUCGUGUUCACCCAGUAAGAGCAUCUGCUAGUGUCACAGAAAGGAGAUCACAGUCUUCUACUUCAUUACAUUCAGAAAGCAGGUCAAAUGAUCAUACUUCUAGCCAAUCAGGAGCAAGUACUGGUGUACUCAAAUCUUCAUCUGGUGAUCAACAACAUCAUCGCACUGAGAGAGCCGAGUCUAUUUUUGUAGAACAAGGAACUGAGUCGAGUACAGGCAUUCAGACUUCAAAAUUGGAAGUUAAUACAACAGAUACUGUAGAUGAUGUAGAAGUAGCAGAAGAAGCAACGUCUGAAAUGGCUUUUCAAAGUUUACAUCAAGCACCAAGUGAGAUUGCCAACAGACACGACUCAAGUUCCCAUGAGGGAAGUCCUGCCCCACAGGAGAUUCCACUGGAAGACAUGUCACGGAAAAUGAAAUCAAAACGUAAGGAACAAUUAACUCGGGCGAAGUUAACUAAAUCAAGACUAGCAGCAGAGUUACGUAUGCAACAAGAGCAGUCGAGAAGCAAUUCACAGAGUCCCAAGAGGAAACCAAGCUCAGAGAGUGUGACAAAGGUCAAACUGAGAGGUCGGUCAACUUCGUUAACAGAUACACAUGAUAGUAGUGGACGAAGUAGAAGCGGAACACCAGAGAGACGUUUCCAUAGUGAAAGUAGUCCUUUACCCUACUCCUCUAAUUCUCAUCAUUCCUAUAGAUUGAAGAAAAAAUCCAAAGAAUGUCAAACACAAACUAGUAUGCAUGCUGAAGCACGUUCGUCCCGUAAAGACAUUAAAGAAAGUUUGUUAAAAUCCGAUACUCCGAAAACAUUAACACCCGCACCUUCGCCACCUGUGUCACUUGUGCCAAAGACAGAUUUCGAAACUCCAAUUAAAGAUUCGCCAAAAUUAAUGCCACCAGUUGAUGAAGAUAGGGCUCGAAGUUUUAGCGAUAUAUCCCAGGUGAGUAGUGAAAAUGAUAUGUCAUCACUUAGUAGUAGUAACAGGAGUUCGGACAGUUUGAAUCCUCCAAAUCUAGGGCUAGAUGUCCCUGUGGGGGCCGGUGCAGAAAUGACAACAGCCACUGUUAAAGUUGAGACUCUAAAACCUCCUCAAGUUACAGGAGGUAAAACAGCAUCAGAUAAACUUACCCAGUUGGCUCAAAUCGUUCAACAUUAUAACUUUGACGGAGAAGAAGAGGCCACCACUGAUAUAGAUAAAUAAAAUUAACAAGAAAUCACUUACAAGCUUUGAUUGCUUUUAAAAACUUUACAUGUAGUGACAAAAGCUUAGUUGGAUGGAUGCUUGACUUUGUGUUGUCAAACAUUGUAGCCAUGUGACACAAAAUAUAUGAGGGUGCAGGAAGAACCUUUUGUUUAAUUAGGCUUUAGAAAAGUCAAAAUUCAUAAUUCAUUAUCAAUUAAGUGUAUCAAUUAUUUUCAAGUGUUUCUAUGAGAUUUUGAGAUUAAGUACAAUGAAUUCAUAAUAUAUUGCAUGUGUCAUAGUUUGUGAGAUUUUAUUUUAUAAUGCAAGAAUUUGCAUAAUGACAUUGUUAACUAUUUAUUGUUGAUUAAUUGUGUCAUCAUUGCAUAUGUUAUGAUUUUUCAGCUCAUUGUUUCUUGAAAAAUUUAAAAAGAAAAUUUAAUGAUGGAGUUGAUUACUUUUAUUUGUGUACAUGUAAUAAAAUUAAGGGACAUAAUUAGGUAUGCAUUUUCACAAUAAUGAAAUCUUUCUGCUUUCUAAAGCUGCAGUACGUAAAAAAAUAUGCUCAGGCCAGUGUUCUGAGAAGUUGAAUGAUUAUCAUAAAAUCAAAUAAAACAAUUUGCACAUCUGUUUGUGUUGGUGAAAUAAGGAGAAAAUAUUGGUCCACAUGGCCAAACUGUACUGAAACUGAUUUGUAAUUUUUGCACUUAGGUUUGCAUUUUUGUUUUAGAAUUGUAAGGUGAACGCAUUCAGAUUACUUCUUCUAGGAAAAUCUAUUUUUGUUGGUUAUUGAAUAGCUGGAAAAAAGAUUAAUUUAACACCUGUAUGUUUAAAUGUAUGACUUGGAAUAUACAAUACAAGUUAUCUAUCACAGUAAAAUAGGCUGAAAUAAAUGAAAAAAUGGGCAAGAUUUAAAAAAAAAAAUAAAAAAAUUAGGAAAUAUAUCACGAGUACAAAUGAACUAUUUAUAGCAUCAACAUCAUCGAGGUACAUCAAAACUGCAUUGUACAAAAUGAUAUGAUGUAUGUUAUAUGUUUUUUCAUUGUCAGAUGUUUUAUAAAUGUAUAUCAGGUUUUAAAUUGCAAAGGUCAUUGUAUUAUAUGUAAAAUUUCAUGGAAAAAAUAUGUUUGCUUUUUUAAAGAGGUGAUUUACUUUUCUAGGAAAUAACAAAGUGUCUGAGUCAUGAGGAAUUAACAUUAUUUGGUUUCUAUUAUUGUCGGUCAGUGGCGUGUAUUUUGAUAACAUAAGUGACAUAAAAUUAAAAGAAUUUGUUGUUGAUGAUUGUUGACCUUUUAAGUUUUGUUUCCUUAAAACCACUGACUGAAACAAAUUGCUUAAAAUUACUAUAAAAGUUAGGUACAAGGUCAUGAUCGCAGCUCUUGCAAUAUUGUUAGAAUGGAAAACGCCCAGUCUACAGAUGUAAUGUUUGUGCAAAUACAAGUCUUAGAAAGGAAUACAUUUGUCCGAGACCAAAGUCUCAAAUGAUAAGAGCCACGCCAUGACAAAACCAACAUAGUGUGUUUGCGACCAGCAUGGAUCCAGACCAGCCUGCGCAUCCGCGCAGCCUGAUCAGGAUCCAUGCUGUUCGCUAUCAGUUUCUCUACUUGUAAUAGGGUUUGUAAGGGAACUGCAUGGAUCCUGAUCAGACUGCGCGGAUGCACAGGCUGGUUUGGAUCCAUGUUGUAUGCAAACGCACUAUGUUGGUUUUGUCGUGACGCAGCUCAAAUUUUUUAAUAUGACAUAUACGGAGAAAUCUUCACCCUGAGUGCAGUAACAUGUUAAAUCAUAUUAAAUAACAAAGGAGUUAACCUGUUAUUGUACUUGGGUGACAAAAUAUGCAUUAACUUACUACUUCCAACUGCAGCCGGCAUGGCCUCUUACCUUAGCUGUAACACAUGGAUAAAACUUUGUGUCAGCUUGCAUAUUUCCCAUUAUGAAUGAAAUCUCUUUUUUCAGCUUUUUCAAGUUUUGAAAUCCCUAAAAUCAACAAAAAAGAAUAUUGCUCAUCAUUCAAGAUAGGGGAGAAAUUUAUUACAUGAUAUAGUAGACAGACUGGUUAAGAUAUUUAACGAAAUUGACGGCUUGCAUACAAUUUGUAUGAUGUAAUUUGUCUUUUAAAUUUGUUCACAGCAUUGUAUAAUGAUGAAUUGGUGGGUGUAGUUUUAUACUGAAAUUUAAUGUUUUCUGUAUAUGUGGAUUUCUUUAGAACUCUGCUCUUCACCAUAAUAAAUCAAACUUUCGUUUUAAUGAAUUUUCUUUUUAUUUGUUAAGAUUAAACAGGAUAAAAUAUAAGGAUAUUUUUGUGUUAUUUCUUGGAAUUUUAAGGUCAUAU